AUGAAUGCAACCCCACAGCUUGGUCAAGGAGGGAGACACCAGGGGGGUGCCUUGCGAACGGCGCAGAAGGUUGCGGAUGCCCUUGCCGGCGUUUUUCCUUUCUACGAGGGCCGCCUUGGAGCGCACGCAGCCCUCAGGGCUGAAGUUCAGCCGCAGCAAGCCGAUGGCUUCCGAACGUCGGCCCUGCUGCUGGCUCGGGCUGCUGCGGCCAGCGCGCGUCGAGACCGGACAUGGCACUGGUCAAGGCGGCCGUUGGCUGUCCUGGCCGGACUCUUCCUCGCACUGUCCGGCCUGGCCACGUACGUCUUCUUCCCCGCCAUAUUCAGGACGCAGGUUGAGAUGAACCUCGUGUUGGAACCUAACAGCGAAAUCUACAGUUCCUGGCAGCGCGCGCCCAUACCCAUCUACCUCAAGUACUACUUCUUCAACAUGACCAAUCCAGACGAGAUCAUGGCUGGCACGGAAAAGCCGCGUCUCCAGGAGGUGGGCCCCUACACGUUUCUCGAAACUCGAGAGAAGGUGAACAUCACGUGGAACUCGAACGGCACCGUAUCGUACCGACAGGUGAAGCGAUACUACUUCCAGCCGGACAUGACCAAGGGGUCGCUCGAUGACGUCAUUACCACCCUCAACAUGCCCAUGAUCUCGUCGGCGUACUCCGUGAAGUUCGCGCCGGACGAGUUCUUCAAGGAUGCCGUGGUGGGCAUCUUCGACCAGAUGGAGAGCAAGCUGCUCGUGAGCAAGUCCAUGAGGGAGCUGCUGUUCGAGGGCUACGAGGACGGCAUCUUGAAGUUCGCCAAGAGCAUGGACUUUCCGGUGCCCAGCGAACGCUUCGGAUGGCUGCACGGGAAAAACGACACGGAUGAUGGAGAGUAUACAAUUUUCACGGGCGCCAAUGGAAUGGACAACUACGGCGAGGUGGACAAAUUCAAUGGGCUGAAUCAGACGACCGCCUACCAUGGCUACUGCAACAUGAUCAACGGAACAGUUGGAGACAUGUGGCCCCCACUUGCUUUGGAGAGCAGGGACAACAUCACUCUGUUUGUCUCCGAUUUUUGUAGGUCUAUCCAGAUGGACUUUCUGGGAGACGUGGAAACUCGCGGCGUGAAGCUUCGUCGUUACUUCGCCAGUCCUCGCAUGUUCAACUACAUCAAGGAAAGCCGCUGCUUCUGCGAUGACACGUGCCUUCCCAGCGGUGCCAUCAACAUAUCCGCUUGCGCGCAAGGAUCCCCGGUCAUCAUCACCGCCCCCCACUACCUGCACGCUCAUCCCAUUUACCAGCAGGGCGUGAAGGGAAUCAUGCCGGACCCGAAGCAACAUCAAAUGUACUUAGACAUAGAACCAAAAAUGGGCAUUACUGUGAACGCGGCGGCGAAAUUUCAAGUCAACGUUUGGAUCGAAAACAUUCCCGAUAUUCCAUUCUUCGAAGACAUCCACGAACGGCGUUUCUAUCCCGUGUUUUGGUUUGAGAACCUUGCGUCGGCCGACAAGAACAUGUUGUCCAGGUUGCGUCUCGUGACGGAAGAGCUUCCACAAUAUGUCACGGUUGGCGCUUUCGGCGCUGUCAUCAUCGGCGGCAUCAUUCUGCUGGCGACGCUGGUGUAUGCCAUCAGAUACACGAAGAAGCCGAAACCUGUGCAACCUACAUACAUUCCAGUGCGCGUGCUCAAGUGAGUGACAAGUGGCGACCUGUCUGCAAAGAACAACAAACGGCUCUUUUUAACGUCCACGGAAGGUCACCAGUCCGAUCGCUCAGACCGUUCCUAUAUACAAGUCGUGCGGCUUGAUACGAGAGCCAACCAUGGGCACUACGGACUCUGUUCUCAAGCGACGGCUUCUUCUUCUUUCUUUUUUUUUGGACAUUGUUCCGCAGGAGUGUCUCAUUAAGCCCUCCGAACAAUUUACACACACGCGCUACCAGCCUGUGAUCACCAAGUCAGCAUUCCCAUAACAUUUUUUGUUCCUUCUUGUUGGGAAAACAUUCAACCCGUGCCAGGAGUGUUGUGAACGUUCUGUAGGCAUGGGUCGGUGAGAGCCGAAGAACAAUGACGAGAGUUCGGCUUCUUCGACAAUCCUUUGUCAACGUGAGCGUGUCCAGGCUGCAUCAGUGCCGACGAUGGGCGUUGCGCCGGACGCACGCUCUUUGUCGUCACAUCCGGCCGAAGGCAGGAACUUACGUCGGUGGAAAAGGUUAGCCAGUGGGAAGGCAGCAACGAAAGCUUGUUGGGGCGAGCUGGUUUGUGAAUGCUCAAAUACGUUGUUGUGAAUUGUGUGUUUGUGUGUGUUUGUAUGUAUUCACAUUUUUUAUACCGAAUCGCUGAUGUUUGUUUUAUCCUUAGCCAUGGUGUAUAUCUUUCACAGUGGACAUACUGUAGUGCGUAGAUAAGCGGAGCGUUUUUUAACAUCGGGGCAACGAUGUGUGAAUGUCUAGUCGAUGUCGUUUGCUAAAGAAAAAAAAAACUGAGAGAUAAGGGGUGUCGUCUGUUCUGAUUAUGUUUAAAAUAUUGAGUUGCUUCCCUUUUUUAUUAUGUUUGUGUGUGCGCGUAAUGCUUUUGGCAUUCCGCGGUUAUUGUUGUGAGAAGCGUUGUUCCCUGCGUGGGCUCGUGUAGGCGGGCCAUAGGUAUUGGCUGCAUGACCGAUACACAAACUGAGAUUCUUGUAUUUGACUUGUCACUUAAUGUUGAAUGUAUAUGCUA